UGCUGUUAUUGAAGAUGAAAGAUGCUUCAAGUAAGAACAACCUUAUCAGCUCGGACGACGAGAAUGAAAACAUCGACGGAAAUCAGAUGACAGCACAAGAAGCCAAGACGUCAUGGAUUCACCGGACAUUCAGAAAAAGAACAUGCCAUUGGUUUAUUCCGUCAGAUAACAACGAGUUCAAUUGUUGUUGUGGGCGCCAAAAGCAAUACCACAGUGGUGAUGCACUGCUGUCAACUGGCACGCGAGGGGACAAAUGGGAAGUGUCUAAACAUAGUGUCACAAAACCUACCAAUGCUUACGGCGAGCUCGAAUUCCAAGGAGCUGGACAAGUCAGCCGAGCCAAGUACAUACGGGUAUCUCAUGACACGGACCCUGAGAUGGCUCUGCGCCUGCUCUGUAAGGAAUGGAAGCUGGACUUACCCAAGCUGCUCAUCUCUGUGACUGGAGGCGCAAAGAAUUUUGUGCUUCACCCGAAACUAAAGCAAGUGCUGAGAAAAGGCCUUCUUAAGGCCGCGGAAACUACAGGGGCCUGGAUCAUAACUGGCGGGACAAACACGGGUGUCAUGCGACAUGUGGGUGAGGCUGUGCGGGGUCACACAGUCAUGUCACGCGGUGCUCAACUCAAGGAUAAUGCUCAACAGGUUCAUUUGAUUGGCAUAGCGACCUGGGGAAUCGUAGAUCAUAGAAAAAUUCUUGUCGCAAAUCAGGAAGUGGUGCCAUACCAUAUGACCUCCAGCAUGCUGUCACAGGGCGCAUGCCUGGAUAACAAUCACACUCAUUUCAUCCUGGUGGAUGAUGGGACGAUCAACAAAUAUGGAGGAGAGAUCUCAUUUCGCGCGAGUCUUGAAAACUGUAUCUCGCGAAAAAAGAUGGAGAAAUCUUGUGAGCGAACCCAUGGCGUACCUGUGGUGCUGCUUGUGCUUGAAGGAGGACCCAACACCAUUCGCACAGUUCUGGAGUCUGUAACUAGAAAUCCUGCUGUUCCAGUUGUUGUUGCGGAAGGCAGUGGCCGCGCAGCUGACAUCUUGGCAUAUGCGCAUCGCUUUAUCUCUCAAAGUAGCUGUGACCUUCAGGAAAUGGUGGAUGUCGUCGACCAUCAUCAACUAUUUGUCAAAAUCGAAAAAGCUUUCCCUGAGUGUGACGAGGAAGGAUGUCUGAAGAUUUACGAGAAUGUACUGAGAUGCGUCGGCAACAAGCAAUAUAUCACAGUUUUCAGUGUGAACGAAGAAGGAAUGGAUAUCGACAGAGCAAUUUUAAAAGCACUCUUGAACGGUCACAGUGCUUCUCCAUCACAUCAACUCAGCCUCGCAUUGAUAUGGAAUCGAGCUGACAUCGCCAAAUGCGAAAUCUUCAAAGAAGAUCGUAAAUGGGAGAUUUCAGCGUUGGAAAGUGCUAUGUUUGAGGCGUUGGUGAAGGACCGUGUUAAGUUCGUGGACCUUCUGCUGGAGAACGGCGUCAGUAUGUCAUCUUUCCUCACUGCUCGUCGUCUGGAAGAGCUUUACAGAGUUAGAGCAAGAAAAAGCACCACGCUACGUCGUCUGUUUGGUGGCUGGAAGGAAGCUCAUUCCUUCAAACUACAAAACUUGGCAAACAUUACAGAGCGACUACUCGGGAUCACUUUUGUUAACCACCACAAGGACUAUGGAUCAAUUAAGAAAGGUAUCGGAAUGGCAAACAUGAAAAUGUUUAUGUCAACUACAGAUGACAGCUAUUUUGGCGUUGGAUUUAAGUUUCCGUACAAUGAGCUGUUAAUCUGGGCAGUGCUGUCCAAUCUUCAUAAAAUGGCGCUCUAUGUGUGGGAGCACGGCGAUGAGAACCUGGCCAAGGCCCUUGUGGCGGGAAAACUGUUCAAGGCCCUGGCGGAGGAGAUGGCCAAGGAUGAACUCAAGGCUGAUGUGUCAGAGGAACUGCAAGCUCAUUCAUUUGAAUUUCUUAACAUUGCCUUGGGUUUACUGGAUGAAUGUCACCGCACAAAUGAAGACAUGGCGCAACAACUUUUGACAUAUAACCUAGAUAGCUGGGGAGACCAGUGCUGUCUGUCACUUGCUGUUGCUACGCGACACGAGGAGUUCGUGGCACACACGUGUUGUCAAACACUGCUAACGGAGCUCUGGAUGGGUGCCAUGAAAAUGGGGGAAUGGGCCUCAUUGAAGACUGUGCUAGGCAUCUUGGUUCCACCCACAAUUGCAUUUAAGGAGUUCAAAACCAAGAAGGAACUGUGUCAAAUGCCUGUCACAUUCGAGGAACAUGAACUAGAACAAACUAAGAGAGAUGAGGAGGAGACUGGCAAUGAAAAGCGCAACGGAAACACUGCUCAUUUCUCAAAAGGAGACUCGCAAAUACAUCUCAGGUCAUUCUCGUCUCACAGCCGUACAGAAAGCACUGACUCUCUGAGUGUAAAGAAGAGAUGUAGCCUGUUUGACAAGGAGGCUGAAAGCGUCAGGAUUGAUCUCAGUUUGGGACAGAAGUUGUGCGAAUUUUAUCGUGCACCCAUCACUAAAUUCUGGGCAAAUGUGAUCGUCUACUUCAUUUUCCUGAUAGUAUUCUGCUAUGUCAUAUUAGUUCGUCUUCCUCCGACGCCUCCUCCCCAUGAAAUGAUCCUCAUCAUUUUUGUGUUCACACUGUGUACAGAGGAGAUCAGACAGGUGCUCCAUUCGGAGCCCAAAACUCUGUGCAAGAAACUGAAAGAAUGGGCCACUUCCAAAUGGAAUUUGUGUGAUGCUUGUGCCAUAGUACUGUUCUUCAUUGCUGUCGGUUUUCGCUUGAAUCCAGCAACACUUAGAAUUGGUCAUAUGCUCUACUGCCUCGACAUCAUGUUGUGGAUCAUCCGGGUGCUUGAUAUUUUCUCUGUCAGUAAAGUACUGGGACCUUAUGUGGUCAUGAUUGGUCGAAUGACAAUCGACAUGACUUAUUUCCUGUUGAUCAUGGUGGUAUUUUUGAUGGCAUAUGGAGUAGCACAGCAAGCCAUCUUGUUUCCUCACGAGCAUGGCUCAUGGAGCCUCAUUCCUAAAGUCUUCUUCAGACCUUACUUUCAAGUCUACGGCGAACUGUUUAUUGAGGAUACAACCUAUUCUGAUGACCAAAACAACACAGCAUUCAACACACCGCGUUAUGAUGAAAUUGGGGGAACACUUGUCACUGUCAUUAUGGCGCUAUUUCUACUGGUGGCUAAUAUUCUGCUGCUUAAUUUGCUCAUCGCCAUUUUCAACAACACAUUUUCCAAUGUCCAAGCCAACUCAAACCAGAUCUGGAAGUUUCAGCGGUAUCAACUGAUACUGGAGUAUGCGCACAGGCCUGUCCUUGUUCCACCGUUCAUUAUCUUGAAUCACCUGCAUCUCAUGUACAAAGCUUGCUGUAGACCACGAUGCUGUAACAAGAAAAAUAGCCUGCACCGGAAAAGGACAGACAAAAAACUGAAACUCUUCCUGGAGAGACAAGAUGUGCACAAGCUGAUGUUAUUCGAAGAACAAUGCACUGAAAGUUAUCUACAACAAAAAGAUACACUGUUUCACGCUACUCCAGAAGAGAGGGUGCGAGCCAUUGGGUUUAGAGUUGACUCGAUCAACAAUCAUCUGAAGGAAACAACUCGAGAAAAUGAAACCAAAGUCCAGCAAAUCACCAAAAAGGUGAAUGGUAUUGAAGACCGCUUGACACGCAUGGAAGAAUACACAAUACAAAUCCUUGACAUGCUUGCCAACGUACAAGAACCCCUCUCCUCCCCUACAGAGAAGCGAGAUGAAGCCAUAUUUGGGAGUGACUCGUGGACGGUUGAAUCACGUGAUCAAGAUCAAUCUGCAGCCAGGAGCGGCGCGAGCGGCCCUGCAAGACUGUUCAGCAGGAUGAUGAGUGUGCCAGCUUACGUACACAGACAGCAAGCAGGAGCAGACUCUAGUACUCGCAGCAUACCGAUGUACUUCAGGCACAAACUUCCUCACAGCAACCCAUUCCCAGCAUGGUACCGUCAGGUGUCUAAAAGGAGCAGUAUUCAGAAAGCUAUUCGGAAAUUCAGAAGAAGUAACACGUUACCUUCACUUGAUGAACCUUCUGAGGCCACCAACAAUGGGUCAGCGGAAGCCAGUAAAAUAAAGUCGCGGAUUCCUCCUGAGCAUGUUCCACCACAGAUGCCGCUGAAACGUGCAGACAGUGAGGGUGCAGUUCAAUCUCAAGCAAAGGCUGCUGCUCAAGGCAAAACUCGCAGACGUUCCAACACGCUUCCUUGCAAUGUGCACUUCAGAGACGCAUUUGCAGCCGCCAGAGAACUGGGUCUACACGUGAGAGCGAGGCAGUCCCCUUAUCCACUGAGCGACCGACAACGGUAUCCAGUUCCAGACUUCCUUGUGGACUGGCAGAUGCCGUUCCCAGGCUAUGCUCCUCCGGUGUAUACCGCGUCUGACGUUAUUCAUGAUCCUGACUGGGCAGAUACUGAUCUGUUGGAGCCUGCUUAUCAACAUGUACAACUCAAUUUCAAUGACGUGGGAAAAGGUGUGGACAGAAGAAGCUAUGAGGGAAUCUACAAUGUUGUUGAUGGCAUACCACGAAACCCAAUGGGACGAACAGGGAUCGCAGCAAGAGGCCUUCUGGGUCGCUGGGGACCAAAUCACGUCGCUGAUCCUAUUGUCACGAGAUGGAAAAGAACUCCAGAUGGCACGCUGGUAGAGCGAUUUGACAAGCGUGUUCUGGAGUUCGUUGCACUCCAAAGACGGGACACUUUGGAAUGGGUUUUACCAGAGGGACCUGUCGAGGUCGAUGAAACCGUUUCAACAACUCUUCUUAAGGAAUUUAACCAAGAAGCUCUGUGUUCUGAGAAUGCCACUGAGGAAGAAAGGCAACUUAUGUCUGAACGUCUUGAGCAACUUUUUGCCAACGGUAUCCCGGUUUACAAGGGAUACGUUGACGAUCCUCGCAACACAGACAACGCUUGGAUCGAAACUAUAGCUACGAACUUUCAUGAUGACACGGGAGAAAUUCUUGAUGACGUUCAAUUAAAAGCUGGUAAUGACGCUUUUGGUGUUCAGUGGCGAGAGGUCAGCGGUCAUCUUAAGUUGGACACCAAUCACGUUCUGAUGUUGAAGCGAGUCGCAGAGCUGCAUGCUGCCUAUUACUAGUCACAACAAUCAUAUGCGUCCAAUGUCCGCUUGUUGAAAUGACGGAAACGUACGGCAGUUCCACUUUCUCGACGAUAACCUUCAUUUGCAAUAUGACAGUAAAAACAUUAAGUUAUAAAGUGGAUGAUGCUUGUACCACAUCUAAUUUUGGUUUUAUACAGUUACAGCGAAUCAACGACCAAUUAUGAAACUAACAGCCUUGUGCAACAAUGUAAUAAGUAACGAACCAAACAAACAAACAUACACCGCGUCCAGCGAUGUUGUUAAUGACGACAAGAUGCCAAGCUAAAUGCUGAUCUAUAAAUACACCCUCAUUUGUAAACUUACGACACGCAUUUCUUCAGUAUUCCAUAGAAACGGUAUAAAUUAAUCGUUAAUUUGUUAAUUAGUACAAAGCUUACUUUCAUUUUUGUGACACAAUUCAACCAACGUUUGUUUAUAUUUGUCUCCUAUACUUUGUUCUGAGAGGAAAUACCUGCGUAUGUUACCUAAGCUCGAUACAAUUAACAAUUGAUUCCUGCUGUAGCGUACAUUAUCGAGUUACGACGCAGUCCACUUUGCAAGUUUGGAGAGUACGAAAGAAGCCUAAGAGUUUCUCAAGGCGCAGCUGAGUUGAUGGAAAUGGUGAUGUCAAGUUAACUUUGUUCACCCCAUUGCGUACAUUAUUGGAUCAUGAUGCAGCUUACGUAUACAUGUGUUGAGUUGAUGGCGUGCUAGCCAUGUCAUAAAAUACGGGACAGCUCGAUUUCUUCAUUCUCUGGGUUUUCUUCUGCACAUUUUAUUUCAUUGUUGUUUUCACGCAUUUCCAUAAGUCCUUGACAAUUUUAUAAUUGGCAGCCGUCAUUCAAUUUUUGUUCUCUUGGUGUCCCUAUGUUUGAUGUUGAUUAUUUCCUUAAAAAAAACCGCGUUCAAAGUGCGAGUCGAGCAUCCCACAGUUCUUAUUUUCUAAAAGAAUCUUGAAGCAGUCUCAAAAUAAACCAGUUUUGUAAUUGUC